GGAACUAAUUGUCAGUGUCUUCUUUCCAACCACUUCAACCACUGAUUUUGCCAGCCACAUUUGUACAUUCAACCAUGUCCGUUACACCUGCUACAAUGCGUCGUUUGAUGCGUGAAUUGAGCGAACUGAAGAACAACCCUCCAGAAGGCAUCCGGGUUGUGACAAGCGAUGAUAAUAUGCUCGAUGUUACUGGUAUUAUCGAGGGUCCAGAAGGAACACCAUACGCUGGUGGUUAUUUUCGAGUGAGGUUCAAAUUCACUGAGGAGUUUCCAGCUGCACCACCUAAAUGUUGGUUCGCAACCAAGAUAUUUCACCCCAAUGUCUCAGGGGCAGGCGAAAUCUGUGUUAAUACUUUGAAGAAGGACUGGAAAUCGACUUACGGCAUUGGCCAUAUAUUGGUCACCGUAAAAUGUCUCCUGAUUUACCCUAACCCUGAGUCGGCCCUGGACGAGGAAGCAGGCAAGCUCCUAUUGGAAAACUAUGAAAGUUAUUGCGAUCGGGCCAAAUUGAUCACAAGUGUCCAUGCUACGCCUCGUACUCGUCCUCCAGAGUUUGAGCCGACCUCCUCUUCCGAUGAUAACGAUAAUACUUCACCACCUUCUACUUCCACAAUCUCACUACCGCCUCAGUCAAUAACUUUGCCAAUGCCUACGCAUGUCACGUCACCGCGAAAGUCGACCUCUCCAUCUCCUCAGCCACUUCAAUCUUCGCCUGCCAACACUUUACCUUCAUCUCACUCUGCCUCGUCCAUAUCGUCCGGUAAGGACGGUAAAGAGCGAGUAACGUCUCCUUCACCCCUGGGCACAGCGGAUUCAAACGUUGCUGGAUUGGCUAGCCAGUCCAGUCUAAGUGCCGCUGCUACGGCUGCCACGAAGGCGGUCAAGAGAUCAGCCGCACCCGGCUCAGCAGUGGAGAAACGUAAAAAGGCUCUUAAACGCUUAUGAUACACGUGUUUUGUACUAUGGGAUCUAAGGACGAUGUUGUAUUAGGUAUUCCUUAUGCCGUCGACUGGUCACUUGUUCAUUCCUCUCGCUUUGCUGUGCAUGUUACUUCCAGGCUCCUCGAGCUUUUAGGGGGUCCACCCAUUGUCACUAUUCUCUACAACAUCUCAUUCCGUACAUACACAAGUAGCAGUCAUCAAUGGAUCAUUCAAUAUGUUGUUCA